AAUGAGGAGUAAAAGUGAAAAAGCAGGGUGGAAGUGGAAUUGAAAUGAAUGUGUAUUUAAAGGCGGGCAUCCUUCUGGAGUGGCAGUUGGAAGCAGGAGGAGCAUCCUUACGUGAUCAUAAGAAAUAAGAAUAAUAAGAAAAGGAGGAGGAUGUGCGAAUCAAAGCGAGAGGAGAAGGAAGAAGGGUGGUGGAGGAGAAGAGGAAGAGGAAUGUGGUGGGAAGCAAAGUGGGUAUGGGAAGUGGCGUUCCCGACAGCGGUGACAGGGCUGAUAUUGUACCUAAGGUCGAUGGUAUCGAUGAUGUACCUGGGGAGGCUAGGGGAAAGCUCCCUGGCGGCAGGGUCACUGGCCAUGGCCUUCGCCAACAUAAGCGGCUACUCGGUCCUCUCGGGGCUCUCCCUAGGGAUGGACCCACUCUGCUCCCAGGCCUUCGGAGCCCACAGGCCCAAACUCCUCUCUCUCACACUCCACCGCUCCAUCCUCUUCCUCCUACUCUCCUCCAUCCCCAUUUCCCUCUCAUGGCUCCACUUCUCAAAGCUUCUCCUUUUACUCAACCAGCCUCUCCACCUCACUAAACUCUCCCAAAAAUACUUACUUUUCCUCCUCCCGGACCUCCUCACCCACUCCUUCCUCCACCCCAUCAAGCUCUACCUUCGGGCGCAGAACAUCACCCACCCCCUCACCCUCUCCUCCCUCGCCGGCACCCUCCUCCACCUCCCCUUCAACUUUCUCCUAUCCAAACACGGCGUCGCCGGCAUCGCCGCCGCCUCCGCCGCCUCCACCUUCUCUAUAUUGAUAUUCCUUCUUUUCUAUAUCUGGAUAACUGGGGUCCACACUGCCACCUGGACACCUCCCUCGCGAGACUGCUUCACCGGCUGGAAGGCGCUGCUUCGCCUGGCGGCGCCCAGCUGCGUAUCCGUGUGUUUGGAAUGGUGGUGGUAUGAGGUUAUGAUCCUGUUGUGCGGCCUCUUGGUGGACCCCACUGCCACCGUGGCUGCAAUGGGCGUUUUAAUCCAAACCACCUCCUUUAUCUACGUUUUUCCCUCUUCCUUGAGUUUCGCCGUUUCCACGCGCGUCGGGAACGAGCUUGGUGCGAAUAGGGCCACCCGGGCCAGAAUCUCCGCCGUGCUCGCGCUUUUUUUAGCCGCGGUUAUGGGGUUCUCCGCGCUGCUUUUCGCCGUGGCAAUGCGCCGCCGCUGGGGGAGGAUGUUUACGUCCGACGACGGGAUUUUGAAGCUUACGGCAGCUGCGCUGCCCAUUCUGGGGCUCUGUGAGCUCGGCAACUGUCCGCAGACGGUGGCGUGCGGUGUUUUGAGGGGGACUGCGCGGCCCAACGUGGCGGCGAAUGUGAACCUUGGCGCGUUUUAUUUAAUUGGGAUGCCUGUGGCCGUUGGGCUUGCGUUUUGGCUUAAGGUUGGGUUCUGUGGGCUCUGGCUCGGCCUGUUGUCGGCCCAGGUUUGUUGUGCGGGGCUCAUGUUGUAUAGGGUGGGCACCACCGAUUGGGAGUACCAGGCCUCCCGGGCCCAGAUGCUCACCGCGCUUGAUGACUCCGACGCUCAGAAAGAACCCUUGAUUACGGUUUGAUCGUGAAUGCUUGUUCAUGCUGUAAUAUUCUUUUUUUUUUUAUUUGGUAACUUUAUUAUAUUAAAGGGAAUUUGUCAAAUAAUUAUUAUCGAAAAAAAAUAUUUUGCGUC